AAAACGCACACGAAAACACGGUGGAGGCGGACGUAUUUUCCUCUCGUCCGAGAAUGGAACCGACGACUGCUGACGAUUUGCUGUCCUUUAAAGAGUUUCCUCUGAUACAGGAAACGAGCGGUAGCAGUGCCCAGAUUAACAUCAAUUCUCCACAACGUUCCGCCUCGAUCAGCCCGUCGAGGCAACAGGAUGAGGGAACGGCUUCAGGCCAGGAUGGCCAGCCGGCGGGCAAAGGUGCCUCGAUCUUCAGCUUCGAGUACUAUCAAAAGUUCUUUGACGUGGACACAAUGACCGUGGUUGAUCGUAUCGCGACCGCGAUGAUACCGAAGCGUGCUCCGCCCAACUACUUGGAGCUGAACAUUGCCACGAAUCCCGAUAUGUACGGACCGGUGUGGAUUGUCCUAACACUGAUUUUCACCAUUGCCAUCUCGGGCAAUAUGGCCAGUUACUUGCAAAACACGGGAAACCACCACUGGCGGUACAACUUCCAUCUCGUGUCGUACUCGGCCACGGCCAUCAUCCUUUAUACCGUGCUCGUACCCAGUGCCCUGUGGGGAAUCCUGAAGUGGAGCAGUCGACCGCACGAGCUGGACAUUGAGGAUAGCAACGAUGAAGAGACGGCCGGUGGUUCUCGAUCGCCAAGUCUUCUCUCGCUUAUCUGCGUGUACGGUUACUCGCUGGCUAUCUACAUUCCCGUUUCCGUCCUUUGGACCGUGCAGGUCUCGUUGAUUCAAUGGCUGCUGGUCAUCACGGGGGUGUUCCUUUCGAGCUUCGCGCUACUGACGGUGCUGAUACCGGCCAUCAAGCGGUCCAAGUACUCGCUUUUCAUCGUGCUGGCGAUCGAGCUAGCCCACUUUGCGCUUGCCGCUGGGUUUAUGCUGUACUUUUUCCACGCACCCGACACCGAACCACCGGUGGAGACGCCCAUGCACAAGCCCAUCGCCAGCGUAGUGGUCAACACUACCAUGCCAGCAAAGCAGAUGUAAUAGUUUAUUAAGCGCUUAAAUAAAUAAUCACACAUAUUCCAGAUGCAGAAUGAAACCGAA